AUGAUACAUUCAAUAUCCCAACCAUCCAAAUCCACAUUGUCCAGAGUAUCUUCUCCGCCUCAUGCUGCAUCGACAAACAAACAGGCAGAAAGAAUACAUGCAAACACAGAUGAAGAGGAUGACGAGGACAUGGUCAACUACAAACCGCAAAAGAAGAAGCGUAGUCGUUUGCUGACACAUUCAUCAUCACCCGAACCUGCAGUAAAGAAGGGUUUGAGAAAAGCAUAUCAAAAUCCAAAUAGAAAAGACAAGGCCGGACGCACCAAGAUAUUCUCUGCCACGACAGCUGGUCAUUUGGACAAGGUAAAAGAGUUGGUCGAUUGCGGUGCUGAUGUCAAUUUCAAAGACAAUGCUGGAUGGACACCUUUGCAUGAAGCUGCGUUGAAAGGCCAGUAUGAAAUUGCAAAAUAUCUCAUUCAACAGGGUGCUGAAGUCAAUGUUCGAGGUUUCGGGUUGGAUACCCCACUACACGAUGCUUGCAACAGCAAUUCACCAGAAUGUGUUCAAUUACUCGUGGAUGCUGGUGCGGAUGUAUUUGCUCUGAACGAAGCUGAAAAGAGGCCCAUUGAUGUCUGCACGGAUGCUACCUGUCAACGCAUUGUCAAGACCAGAAUGAAGCAACUGGACCAGUUACUAGCCAGAGACAAUGACGGCCGAUCAUCACUCCAUCGCGCUUGCUUGGCCAACAAACUCGAAAAAGCGCAAUAUUUGAUCAAGCAAGGCGCUGAUGUCCACGCCAAGGAUAACGAAGAUGCAACACCUUUACAUUUGUCUUGUGCAUGUGGUCAUGUGGAUAUUGUUAAACUACUGAUUGAUCAAGACGCUAUCAUUAAUAUUCUCGGUACAAAUCAAAUGGACACACCAUUGCAUGAAGCCAGUCGUCAUGGACACGAAGAAAUAGUCAGUUUGUUGAUUGCUGCAGGAGCCGAUGUGAACAUGGAAGACAAGGCGGGAAACAAACCCUACCACGUUUCGGCUGCAUUUCCGACUAUCCGACAAAUGCUAACAGCACGCAUGGACGAAGUCAAAUUGGAAAAGGAAGCUUGCAACGCUUUGGAUGAAAUUGCUAGUAAAACAGCUUCUCGUAAUGAGCCUGUACGCCAGUUGACCCGAGAAGAGAGGAAGAUCCAAAACUAUCUGCGUGCCUUUGCCAACAUGGAUAGUGGAAAACAGCAACAGCAGCAGCAAUUGGACGAGUACACUGGACCUAUCACAUUGCCUAGACGUAGAAAACGAACGACUAGUCGCAGAAAAUCGCUCUCGGUUGAAAGUGAUGCUUCCACCAGCAAAAAAGCUAGUAUUGUAAAAUUACACGCUUCCAAGAAGGACACCAGUGGUCGAACACACCUUCACAAGUACGCAAAACGAGGAGAUGUUGGCAGUGUCGAGGCGUUAUUGGAAUUAGGUGCAGAUGCCAACGAGAAGGAUUACGCUGGUUGGACAGCACUUCACGAAGCCGCACUCAAUGGACACCUUAAAGUGGUUAAAGCUCUUUUAAAGUAUGGUGCUGAUGUCAACUCCAAAGGUGCUGAUUUAGAUACACCAUUACAUGAUGCAACCGAGAAUAACCAUUGCGAAAUUGUGGAGCUGUUACUGGAACGCGGCGCUGAUCCUUUUGCUCGCAAUGUCCAUGAUGCUGAGCCUAUUGAUAUUGCUACUGAACACGACUAUCAAGACAUCAUGUUGGUAUUGCAGGCCGCCAAUCCAGUGGUGAAGAAGAAGCGAAACAAGAAGAUACUAGUCAAAAAAGAAGAUUUUUCCAGCGACCAUGGACCAAUAGCUGCAGAUCGUGUACCAUCAAAAACUGCUAGUAACAAUGCUAAACCUCAUACAAAAAAGCGUCGUUUGAUUCAAGCAGCAGAUUUAGAAAAGAGCCCUUCUUUAGCACCGGAUGAAGAAGAGGACGACGAAGAAGAAGAUUUAGAAGAUAUUCCAUUACCGCGUCGUCGUCGCAAGCAUUCACGCAACUCUGAUUCUGAUGUGGUCCAAGUAAAGCAAGAGCCUGGCGUUCACGGAAAGGAAACUUUAGCUAGAGCAUCACUUCUGCGAUGUGCUCCUCCCUCCAAGAAGAAUUUGUUUCAUGCAUCAACGGAUAUAUCUGCAGAGCAACAGCAGCUGCAUUCACCCAUCCAUACACCACCACCCGAGAACUGGAUCAAAGAGCGCGAAUGCAACUACACACCUCUUUAUACAGUGCAAAUUAACCCGCAAUUGCCAGUCUACUACGUUGUUGAUCUUCAAGUCAGUCUGUUUCUCGGCCUGUCGUUGGAAGAGUUCUGGUCUAGCUACUCUUAUUUGACCCUGAAGCGAAAACCCAUCCAUUCUGACAGUAAAGCAAGGCUAUGGCCUACACUCAACAGCAUGAUUCAUCAGGAUAAAUCGCUAUUCAUUGCCAGUCCACUGUACUUUAUUCCAUUUGACGACGUUGUUGAUAUCAUCAAGAGGGAUUUCAGUCAAUUAGGCGAUAAAAUCCUUACAAUCACUCUGGACAUUGGCCAUCCCACUGAGCAGCAGGAGCCACCAAAGAAGAAGCUCUGUAGCCUACCACCCAAGAUCGCCCUGAAGAUGAAGAAAUGCGGUUACAAAUUCCAGCAGUAUACUACAUCCACAUCUUGA